UCGGCGAUGGCCGAACUUAAAUCGUCAAAAAUAGACGUGGAAAAUGGCAAGAACGAGUACAAUUUGUUUAAAUCCUCCUUAGCUCAAAGAACGUUAUUGAAGUGGAAAGCCGGAACAACGCACGUCAAGGAUUUUUGAUGUAUUAAAAUAAUGCGAAACUAGAUUGAUGUCGACCUCAUGGUGCGCUCAUAUGCGAAUGCCAUUGAUAUACAAUCGUGUUGAUUAAUCAAUAUUUGCGGGUACCUGUACAAGUGUAUAUAAKCACAACUCAGUAGAAUAUAAUCGUGAAUAUAAUCAUUUCAAAUGUACAUAAUAUAGAUACAUUGACAAGCAUAUCCGUCAUUUGCGGAAUAAAAUAAAUGUACAAGAAUGAAAACAAAAUUAAUCGUUAUUAGGUACGUAUACUGUAUAAUAGCAAUUGAUUUGAUGUACUAUGAUUAAUGACGUUACUCGUAUUAUAGCGUAAUAGUCACAAAUCCAUAAGGUCAUUUACAAUAAAAUUAAAACAUAUUUUAUUCAAUUUUAAAGGACGAAAUGAUUAUGUUUUACUAUGAUUCUGUAAUGAUGUGUACAAAAUAAGUAUCAACAAUCUAUUGAUUUUGAAAAACUUGAUCGGUACCAUCAUCGUGCAGAAUGUGAUAAUGUUGGGCUUUGGCAUGUCGCUGGCCAUACCAACGGUGGUCAUUGGUUCGCUGAUGUUGGACAAAGUCGACGGCGGCGGAGGCGACAGCAUGACCUUGACAGAAACCGAAGCGUCGUGGUACGGCAGCGUGCUGUUGGUAUGUCACCCGACGGGAGGCCUGCUGUCCGGCGUUCUGCAGGARAUCGUGGGCCGCAAGUGGUGCAUGGCCCUGGUGAGCGUACCGCAAUUGGCCGGCUGGUACGUGCUGUGGCGCGCCGGCGACGCGUUCGAUCUGUACGUGUCGUGCGUAGCGCUGGGCCUGAGUAUGGGCCUGAGCGAGGCGCCAGUGCUGACGUACGUGGGCGAAACGGUCGAACCCAGGCUUCGUGGCCCACUGUCGUCGGUGUCCACGUUCACCAUCAUGCUCGGUUCGUUUGUCGCGUACCUCAUGUCCACAGUUAUGCCAUGGCGGACGGUUGCCAUGAUCAACAUGUCUGUGCCCAUCAUAUCGUUUGCCGCUGUCGUGCUCCUGACACCCGAAUCGCCGGUAUGGCUAAUGUCGAGGAACAGGCCCGACGAGGCGAAAAAGUCGUUGGCCUACCUGAGGGGCUGUGUGAGCACGGCCGACGUAGAAGACGAGUUUUCCGAGCUUUCGAUCUACGCGGGAUUCAACAAGUCCGUCGAUCUCGAGCAGUACGCCGACUGCGGAAUAGACCAACGUCGUCUAUCGUACGUCAAAUACCUGCAAAUCAACACCAACGACACUACCAAUGCUGAAAUUGAUAUUCUCGCAAAUCAAAACCAAAUCGGUUUUCUGGAGACGCUGAGAAGUUUUUGGUCGCCAGAAGUCAGCCGGCCGUUCUUCUUCAUAAUGCUCUUCUUCUUCUUUUGGUCGUUCGCCACGUUCAUACCAGCUAAACCAUACCUGAUAGACGUGUUUGGUGAAAUCGGUUUACCGUGCACUGCUCAAUGGACAUUGGUCUACACUUCUCUUUUGACCUUAAUAGGAACUCUUUUGAACGUGUUAACUGUUGCAAAAUUUGGCAAACGUCCUAUCACAUUGAUUUCGAUGGCACUCUGUGCUUUUUCGAUGCUUGGAAUCGGAAUAUACAUUCUUUCUACUACUUAUUUCUCGUUUUUAUCUACUUGGAUACCGAUGAUAUUGUUAAACGCCUUAUUCUUCUUUUCCGGUUACGGUGUGUUUCCCAUUCCAUGGAUGAUGGUCAGUGAAAUAUAUCCGACAAAGGGACGCGGCAUCGCAAGUGGACUAACGGCCGCUUUGGCAUUUUUGAUGACGUUCGUUUUGACAAAAUUUUUUUUGGAAAUGCAAGAAUGGUUCACUCUCCCCGGGCUGUUCAUCGUUUAUGGAUCAAUUACAUUAGUCGGAACUCUAUACCUGUAUGCGUGCAUGCCCGAGACUGAAAAUAGAACCCUUCAAGAUGUCGAAAAAUUUUUCAUCGGUGACUUAGACGAUUAUGAGGACCACGAUAAUCAAAACUGA